GCACAUUCUACGUCCAGCUAGAAGAUGAUAUACUGGCCAAAUCGCACUUUAUCACUGCUAUGAAGAAAUUCGCUAUAACAAAGAGCGCCCUAACAAAGCCCGAUCAGCCGUCGUGGUUUGUACUGGACUUUUGUCAAUUGGGUUUCAUUGGCAAGAUGUUCAAAUCAGCUGAAUUACCAUAUUUAAUUACAUAUUUCCAAAUGUUCUACAAUGAUAAGCCCGUAGAUUGGUUGCUACUAUAUUUUAUUGAGUCCAAAGUCUGUCGCUCUGACAAAGAUCAGAAGCAUUGUAAUUUGGAGCGCGCCAAGUAUUGGUUGCACUAUCGCCCGUCACUUUUUCAACAUAUCGGUACCAGUUCCUCGCUCAAGGGCAAGGUUCAAAAGUUGAAGGAUAAACAAUUCGGCUCCAAAGUGCCAGCAUUCUAUCCGCAUGUGCACAAUCCACCAGCAAGAGUGAGAUCAAAUAUCGUCGCCUACAAGAACUAUUUGCUCAAGCGUGCAUAUCGCGGUGAAACGUAUUUUUGGGGGUUGCUACCCCAACCUGGCGAUUUGGUGCAGUUUAUUUUUGAGAAGCCAACAUUACUGCGUCGUUAUCUCUUUCGCAGUGGCAACAGCGAGCAUCCUUCGGACCGGUUCUACAACACUACCGUUGAAGUGUUACCUGCCGAUUCAUUGAGCGAAAACUCAUCUGUAUGGAGUGCGUAUAAUUCUACCACGGAUGAUUAUCUUAUAAUUGGUGCUUUCGAUGGUUUGGGUAUGGCUGAGGGUGUUAUUGAUGUAAAAAUCGGUGCCAUCAAAGAGAUACGUUUACAUGUGCACAGCGACAGCGAAAAUUGGGCACUUCUGAGCGAAAUCGAUUUGGAAACAAAUAAUGCACCCGCGGAAAGCUAUACGAAUAGCUGAUUGUUACAACAUCGGAGCUAUACCAUCGCUGGAAACAUAAAACCGAACACGAGUUAAACGCAAAUUUGUUUUAUCGCUUUUCAUUGACGACUUGCAGUUUACCAAACUUCCACCAGAUAAAUUACGUCAAUAGAUUAAAUAACGAGAAGAUGUACAUAUAAAUGAAGUUUAACAUAUAAAUGUGCAUUGGUCCAUGUGUGUAAAUUCAUAACUAUUUAAUCUCUAUCGUCGCUUUAAAUUGAUGUGGAACACAAAAAUUUAAAAACAACAAAUAAUGUUGUAGGAUGCAAAUUGAAUGUAAAAUUCGUAAAUGCAACUAAGAAUACUGCAGCAUUGGUAUUAUAAUAUCCAGGUAUUAUUGUUGAAUUGAUGUUUAAGUUGUUUUCUAUCCAUUUGAUAUUAAUUUAAUAUUUAGUUAUUUACGCGUUAACCCCCAAAGUGAUAUUUAAAACUAUUCCCGAAGUAUAUAUCGAAUAUAUUUAUCUAUCUACAUAUGUAUUUAUAUUUUAACUCAAUUAUUAUCUAUUUUGUUACAACCAAAGCCAUUUUUUUUACAUAGUGCAUAACAAUUCGCUUUCAAGCUCAAUAAUGAAAUAAUUGUCUGGAUUUUUUAAUUAAACAAUAUGUAUGUAUCUCCUCAUUGUUCAUUUAUUAACAUUUCUUGUAAACUCCCGUGGAAUAUGUGGCAACACUUGUUCUUAGGGUGUUGAUGAUUUCCAAAUGCAAUGCCACGUAUGAGGUGACACAAACAAAAUUUUAUUUUGAUUACCAUGACUCAAUGUUAGCCUACUCUAUAAAGUAAAUAAUAAUAGGAAAAACUCAUAUAACGUAAGUUUAAAUAGUUA